ACGACCGCAUGUCGCUGACGACGGCUGUGAGCGACGAGGACGACGCGGAGAGCGUGCACAACUCGCCGUACCGCGCCAAGCAGACGGGCACCGCCGCCGCCUCCUUCAACUGCACCGGCGCCGUGCGCAAGGCGGGGUUCCUGAGCGUGAAGAAGUGGCUGCUGCGGAAGAAGCACCAGAUCGAGCUGGCGCGCAAGCGCGGCUGGAAGGGCUACUGGGUGUGCCUGAAGGGCACCACGCUGCUCUUCUACCCGUGCGACUCGCGGGAGGGCCGCAGCGUCGAGGCGGCGCCCAAGCACCUCAUCAUUGUCGACGGCGCCAUCAUGCAGCCCAUCCCGGAGCACCCCAAGCGCGACCACGUCUUCUGCCUCAGCACCGCCUUCGGCGACGCCUACCUCUUCCAGGCGCCGUGCCAGGUGGAGCUGGAGAACUGGGUGAACAGCAUCCACUCCGCGUGCGCAGCCGCCUUCGCCCGGCACCGCGGCAAGACGGGCACGCUGCACCUGCUGCAGGAAGAGAUCUUCCGCCUUGAGAAGGCCAUCGAGUCGGACCACAAGCUGAAACACAUGGCGGACCUGCAGCAGAGCGUGGUGUCGGACCCAGAGACGAAGCAGCAGAUCAACAACCAGAUCGUGCAGUGGGAGGAGAACCUGGAGCGACUCCACUGCGAGCAGUUCCGGCUGCGCUGCUACAUGGCCAGCCUGCAGAGCGGCGAGCUGCCCAACCCCAAGAGCCUGCUGACGCACGUGUCGCGCGCGACGAAGAACACGCUGAACAAGCUGGGCGUGUUCACGGUGUCGUCGUUCCACGCGUUCAUCUGCGCGCGCAGCCCGUCGCUGCUGAACAACCUGCUGGCGGGCCGCGGAGCCACCAAGCGCCGGCCGCCCAUGCUGUCGCGAUCCAACUCCGGCUCCUCGCGCCGCUCGCUGCAGCUCUCGUCUCGCGACGACCAGGACAAGAGCGUCAAGGUCGCGCUGCCCGACAACCAGACUGCUCAUAUCUACCUGAGGGAUGCAAUGUCUGUCGAGGAAUUUCUGGCAAGUGCAUGCGGUCGGAAGAAUUUAAACCCGAUGGAACAUUUUGUACGGGUCAAGAAAAGACGAGACAUGGAAGACCACAAUUAUUUCGUUCCUCAUCGGACGGAUCUUAUAGAGACAUAUCUCCACACACACGAGAUAGUGGAGGUUUGUGCAAAGAUACUGUAUCAGGUAGAGCUUCAGCGUACCACUCUCGAACAGAUGUGGGGAUUCUCAGUGGAAGCAGAACUGAUCGAGAACGCCGAUCGCCAAGACGAACUGUGCUGUUAUGUGAGCAGAGUGGAGGACAAGAGUGUUGCUAUGCAGAAUGGAAUAAUCAAGGGCGACGAGAUCAUGGUAAUAAAUGGUGCUAUAGUGAGCGACUUGGACAUGAUGUAUCUCGAGAGUGUUCUCCAAGAAGAACUCGCCCUGUGCAUGAUGAUGAGGUCAUCACGGACAGAGCCGCCAGAUCUUGUGGGUAUUAUGCGUGCGACGGACGACAUCAUCGAGAGCCUCGUCUGCCCACCUCCCCCUUCAGAUCCCCCUAUCAUCAGCGAAGAGAUGAUAUCAGGGCUCAUUGUUCCUGCACCCGGGUGGAGCAAGGAGCUUUACUCUCCCGAGGCGGAGAGCUCUCCUGCUCCUUCUAGUGAAGCUGGUGGAAAAACUACUUCCCGGACGAACUCAUUCGAAAUAGAAAAUCUACUGAAGACUGCAGAGCAAGUGACAGGCUUCUGCCGAUCUCCUGUAGAAACUCGUAAGUCUAGUCCUACAGGUAGUGUCACAAGCAGCCAGUCACAAGCUCUGCUUACACCUAGCCGCCAACUUACUGAUGCUGAAAAACUUCGCAAAGUUAUUCUCGAACUUAUUGAUACCGAACGCACUUAUGUUAAGCACCUGAAUAAUCUAUUGGAGAAUUAUUUAGAACCACUGAAGAAAGAAACAUUUUUAUCGAAUGCAGAAAUUAAUGCACUUUUUGGAAACAUCCAAGAAAUUGUAGCAUUCCAAAGACAAUUUCUUCAGAACCUGGAUGAAGCUCUAGAAAUGGAACCUGAUUUCAACAAGUUUGAGCAUCCUAGCCAAUUCAAAAAUGUUCUUUUCUCUAUUGGAAAUGCAUUCCUAUUAUACGUAAAUCACUUCAAGCUCUACAGCUCCUUCUGUGCAAGUCAUUCAAAGGCACAAAAAGUACUACACCCUAAUGAGGGUAACCAAGCACUGCAAGAGUUCCUAGCUGCACGUAAUCCAAGACAGCAGCAUUCUUCCACUCUGGAAUCAUAUCUCAUCAAACCAAUCCAACGAAUUCUUAAAUAUCCACUUCUACUGCAGCAGCUGCGAAACUUAACAGAUCCUUCUUCAGAUGAGCAUCAGCAUCUUGUUGAGGCCCUUAAGGGCAUGGAGAAGGUAGCUGAACAUAUAAAUGAAAUGCAAAGGAUACAUGAAGAGUAUGGAGCAAUAUUUGAUCACUUGUUUAGGCAACAUCAAAAAUCAUGUAAACAGCCAAUUGAUCUCUCACCUGGCGAUCUUCUUUAUUAUGGAGGUGUUGAAUGGUUGAACAUAUCUGACUUCCUAGGAAAAAUAAAGAAAGGCCUUGAACUCCAUGCAAUGUGCUUUGUAUUCAAGUCAGCAGUUGUGUUCCUCUGUAAGGAACGAUUGCGACAGAAGAAGAAACUAAUGGGGGUGUCGAGCAAAGGCAGUUCCAGUGAAGUAGAAAUAAUUCGAUACCAAGUUCUUAUUCCUGUAACUGAAGUACAAGUUCGUGCAAGUUCAGCAAAGGACAUGGAUUCACAUUUCCUCUGGGAACUUAUACAUCUUAGGUCACAACUACAAAGGCGAUCAGAAAAGGUUUACGUUCUUUCUAACAGCACGGCAGACUUCAGAAAUGCGUUCCUGAAAACUAUUCGCCAAAUAAUUCGUGAGAGUGUUCGUAAUAUGAGCAUCCCUGCAACGAAGCCAGGAUCAGGAUCUGGGGCUCUAGUGUCAUCUGCAUCGACAUCAGCAACACCCAGCAGUGGUACAGCCACUAAGGUUCCGGCAGGUAGUGCUGCCUCUAGCAGUAUGAGUGGAACUGGAGGCAGUGGGUCUUCUGGUGGAGACAGUCAUCAACAGCAGCAACAUCAGCAGCAACAGCAACAUCAUCAACAGCAGCAGCAGCAACAACAACAGCAGCAGCAGCAACAACAACAACAGCAACAGCAGCAACAGCAACAGGCAACAUCUAGCAAGGGUGUAGUAAUUCUGCAGGGAUCACACACUUUGGGAAAGCCAAAGAAACCACCAAAGGGCCUUCAGCGGCACUCGGCUGGCAACAUUGACUAUGACAAUCUUGAUCGAACUGGUGAAAGUAGUUCCCAAGAAACUCCUAGCAGUUUCCGAGCACGUAGCAAGACUGUUAGUGAUGGUGCUGAUGAAAGUCAUGAAAAAGGUAGUGGCAAACAGCAUGAUUUGGAUCCAGGAACAAAGUCUGAGGGAGAAGAGGAUUCAAGCCUAGUUGCAACAGCGAAAGGGAAGUCGACUCUAGGGAGAACACCAAAUCACCUUACUCUGAGUUCUACGUCAACCCUCUCAGCAGGAAGCACUGGAAGCCAAGCAAGACUGAUCCAAUCAUCCCAUCAGCCUGAGAACUACCAGCCACCAACAGUUAAAGAUUUAGGAUCACCCGUGUGGAAACCAAGAGACAUGGUAGGCCUAGGUGAAGCAACCACACUUCCUCGAAAGGGUAAAUCCUCCUCUACCUCUUCCUGUUCAGAUAAUACAGCUAGGGACAGAGAACGUUGCUUAGUGUUUGAUUACCCAACUCCAACUCGCAAAGCAGAAGGCCAAAGCAGCACACAUGAAAAUGCGUCAUCAACAUCUUCAACCAGUGCACAGCAGCCAUGAAGAAAGUCGAGCGCUCGCAUAGGUAAAUUGCAGUAUUAACAUCAGUCAAAUGGCUCAGCAUAUCUUAAUAAUUUGCAUGCACUUCCAAUGAAUCAUUCAGCAUAGACAGAGGACAUGAGGCUGCUCAAACAUUAAUCAUUUGUUGAUUCUGUUAGAUAAUGUGAAAUUAUUCUGAUCCAAAGAUACAGGGAGCAGGAUACCAUUGCUGAAAUCAUACAAAAUUUAAAUAUAAAUCUUUGAAUAGUUCAGUAAUAAAGGUUGUUAUGAAAGAAGCUGAAUGAUUCAUUAAAAAUAAUGUGACCAUCAGUUUUAAUAGACUUUUUUGUCUCUGGGAGCGUUUGGCAUAUUAGAUAAACUACGGAAGUGCAAAACCAUCAUGUUUUGGAGUAAAAUUAUUAAGAUUGUAAACCAUAAAAUAUCUGCUAAGAUAAGUAAUGCUAGAGCAUUACAGCCAUUGCGAGCGCACUGAAAAAUAUACUAUUUUCAAACCACACUUGGCCUAUCAGGUAACGCACAUAAAAAAAGGUUUGAUUGUAACUGCUCAAAUGUGUAAAACUAAUUCUUUAUCUAGAACAUUCCACUGGGAAGCUCUGUUUCGAUGAUUUAUUGCAUUGUUGAUUUGUAGCAGCUGCUACUUACUGAUAAGUGAAUUAUUGGUUCACCAACAACCUGGUUCAAUAUGUUUUCUUGAGUCUGUUUAUUUAGAAUUACUCUAAUGUACAUUUAAGACAAAAAUCCCACAGCAAAAAAGACUUAUCAUUCUUUAGUGAAAAAGUGAUUUUAUUUGUGAAGCAAUGUAUUGGAAAUUUAUCAUCACAUGUAAAAUAAUUUUUUACACACACACAUCAAUCUGAAAUGUGGAAUUAUUUAUAUGUUAUGCUAUUUUCUCAGUUGCAUUUCAUAGAUUAUAUUUCACUAAUAAGUCAGAGAUUAAGUAUGAAAUAUCACCAGUUUUAUUAAUUAUUUAAGGAAUAGAAAGUAUGUUAGGUUGUGUUGACCAGAAGAAACUGAAUGUGUUCUUGGAUGAUUUCUUGUGUAGGAAUUUGCAGAUAGAUGUGUGCUAAAUUAUGCAUAAAAUUUAUUUAUUGAAGAUAACUUACUUGCUUUUAAGAAGUGUAAUGUGCCAAAUUUGUUCAUAAUUUGGGAUGUAUUGUUGAUAUUAGUUAUAACUGUUAUCAGGGAAAACAAUGAUAAUUUAUUGAAUUUAGACCUGUAUUUUUUGUUUUGACACAGAAUACUCAAAUUUAUUUUGUUUCCAUAAUCUAAAUGUGCAACAAACAUGUGAAUCAGUUGCUAAAUGGAUUAAUAUUUUUGUUAGCAGAAUGAAGGGAGCUUAGCACAACAAAAUGUUAAAAUUCUUAUGUGAAUAUGAGAUUUUAUAAGAUGACUUUCUCAAACAAGCCUUGUGGCUAAAACCUGGAGAAUGUAGAGCUUUAAAUAUGGGAUGUCAGUCUUGGUAAGAAAGAUACUAUAUUGAAUAAUAUGUAUGAAACCAGGGAUUAAUUCAAAAUAAUAAUAGGAACAAUUGCAAUAUAAUUUUAUACUCUGUCAGUACCUAAGCCUUAGAGGGGUGUGAAUUGAGAACUUAAUGAAAAUAUAAAUAAAUGUAAUUGCACAAUUAUACAUAACAGACACUAUUAUAGAAAACUUAUCAUCAUUUACUAAUGGUCUAACACAUUAAAAUACCAGAAGCCCACUGUUGAGCAUUGAAGCCCUUGAUUAGAAGAAUUUUUUCUAUUCAGUGGAAAGAAAUUCCUGUUAAAGAUAAACCAAAGUUUAAUAGUAUGGUAUAUGUAUAAAUAAAGAUCAUAGUAUAAUAAAUAUAUACUCAUAAUAUUUCACUUUUCAAAAGUUUCGUUCAGGUUGUACAAAUCUGUACAGUAAAAUUUGCUAUGUAAGUAAUGUGGAGUCAUAAUCAUAUCAUUACACACUAACAAAGACUGUUAUAUACAACACUGGGAGCUUAAAUAUGUGAUGUCUAUUCACAUCUCUCCAUGUAAGAGCAUGGACUUAAGACUAUCACUUUCAAGAGCAUAAAAUCAUAUUGUCACUGUCAUCCACUGUUAAUAUUUAAUUCAGUUUCAUUCCGCAACAGUAUUCCUGUAGCUCCCAUUUCGAUGCUUACAUUGAAACCGAUGUAAGCACAUUUUGUACUCAGUAAUUACAAAACUGAAGAGAAACUUAACACUAUUGAUUAAUUGAGAAUUUAGAGCCAGCAUAUUACUCAACCCUUAAUUUUUUUCUUCCACUCAACUUCUUUAUAUUUCUUACCCCUUAGUCCCACGGAAUUUAUGUGAGAGACGGCUGUUUUAAAAAGGAAUUUACAAAAUCAGCAAAUAGAAGAUAAACAGGUGCAGAAAAUCAAGAGGUAGUAUCUAUUUUGUAUGUGAUGUGAGAGUCCAUUUCCUGUAAAAUACUGUUGGCAGUGAUAAUAUCCUUCAUAUAUUUGUGAUACAGAAAUAUAUGGAAAGCAGUAGCAUACACAAAAUAAGUCUUUCUUUUUAAGGAAAUAUAAAAUUUGGCAAAUGGACAAAUCUUAAAAAAGAUGCCAUAAAUGUUGACUGUUACUGAUUAACAAUCAUUAACAAAUAUUAUUCUGAAAUCAAAUCCAGGAGAUGUAUGUAUUGUUAAAUCUUGGAUUUUUAAAGAUUAUUCGUAAGUAUGUUACAGAAGGAGUAGUUUAAUUUUUAGGAUUGUUACCAAAUAAGAAGGGUAAAUUUAAUUUAAAUCAAGUCUGAAGUAUGUAGCACUUAACAUGACAAUGAUCUGUGCAGGACAAUUUGUUAGUGUCUUGCACUAUGCAUGAUAGGGCCUACAUAAAAUUGUGUGCAUCAAGCACCUGUUGAAUUACCACAAAGUAUAUCUAGCUCAAAUUUGGAAUGGUAUUUUUUCCUGUAAUUUAGUGAAAGGCAAAGAACUGUAAUAUCCUGAGUAUUACAUUUAGCUUUACUAUAAUAUGCUGUAAAUUUGGAUUCCUGUCCUUUGUCCUACCCAGUUCCUUUCUUACUGAAUUAAUAAUUAGCACACAAAAUCCAUAUUUCAUAAUUUUGUAAAUAGUGUAAAGCAUCUCAUAAAAUCAUUUCAUACAUUACAAGUGCGAAAGCCAUAAUCAUUUAAGACAUAUGUUGUUCACUCAGAAAAGUAAUUCAAUGCUCAGAAACACCAGAAGAGAAGAAAAAAAUGAUGCGAUAAUGUCAUAAUGAAGAAAAUAUUGUAUUCUGUGAAUCAGUCGAAGUGUUUCACUUACAUCUUUUUAUUAUGAAUUGUUUUACAGAUUUACAGUGAGCUUGAAAGUUUUGCAUUUUCUGUUUUGUGUGUUUGAUUUAUAAACAUAUUCAUUAAUUACAUUAUAUUAUUAAAUGUAACAAUAUCAACCACCUUUUGCAGAUUCAUGUUACUUUGAUUUCAAAUUAGUUGUUUUUGUGUCACGCAGUAUUAUCACUUGUUCAAGAAUGUAGGAAAUAUAUCAUGUGACUAGUACAUAUUACAACUUAUGUAUAAAGAAGCAUCAGGGUUUGUUUUUAUAGCAGAUCUGCUGACAAAAGUGUUUCUGAAAAAUAUUGCUCAUAGUAAGCAUUUGCCAUAUAUCUGUUGCACAAAAAAAGAUUUAUAAAGUGCCAGUUUUUUUAACUUUAUGUGGUUCAUCCUUCAUCUCAAGAAUUUGGCACUCCAGUACUAUUUACCUCUCUGUAAAAGGCUUAUGUCAUAAAAAAUGCGAUCAAAAAUACUCCAACAUUAAGGAACACUAUGGACAAUACACCUUCUCACUUUCAACAAAAUUUGCUUAAUGUGUGCAAAAUGUUUUAUGCCAGAAAGGAUGUGCCCUGAAACAUCAUCUUCAUGUCAGAGAAAUAAUCAAUGCUCUUCAGGACGUAUUUCUGAAUUCUGACAGUUUUCUGCAACAAUUACAAGAGACAACAUUGCGCACACGUCUUGAACCAGUGGUAACAUAAAUUUAAGUUUCAGUGCUCAUAAUAUUGUUGAAUUACUGAGUUGUACCAUUAAUUUCACUUUAGUUAUACUGACGAGAGUAACGAUCAAUGUCAUUAUAUAUUCCCACAAUGCCCAUGAGUAGUUUUUUCUUUCAUUUUUCCUGCCUCGGUAAAGUAAUUUGUGCAUUUGUUAAAUCUCUUUGAAAAGAAAAAACACACUUUAAAAAUGUUGUACAAUGCUCAAUAUAUUAUUUCUCAAAAUUUGGCUAUUAUUUUUAUUUGUGUGCAAUUAGUAAAUGAAUAGGGAAGUAACACGUGGGUGUAAUACAAUGCAGUACAAAUGAGUUGACAUUCAUCCUUAUGCUGUUUGUGCAGUUAAAAAAAAGAUUUUAUUUCUAGUUUUUCAUGACAACAGUGUCAGCAAGAAAAUGAUUAAAUGAUCUGGAUUUGUAUAAAGAAAUAAUUAACUGAUCACACUGACAUUAUAUGCACAUCAUUUUGAUACAAACAUUAUAAACUACAUGCCCAUAGCUCCUCUCUUUACUUGUUAUAUUAAAAUAUAAUUAUUCAAGAUUUAACUGACAUGUGUUGUAAAUUAUGCAAUCUGUCAUACUAGCUGUAUGAAUAUUUUAAUUCAAUUAAAACAGAGAAUUUUUGUCUUUGCAUAAUUAACAAAAUAGAAUUGAAGGUUAUCUUGUUAUUUCCGAAUAUUUAAAGAAAUUGAGAGCUUCAAUUAAAUAUAAGUUAACAUUAAUAAGAAUCAGCCUUUGUGAAAAUUAUUUUAUGAACUAUAAUGAGUGAAGUCAGAAUUACUGGAACUUCAGACACUUUGCUCAGAAGCUAGUAUCUUUUUGCGAUAUUUUAAGAUACCUCUUAGCUAAUCUCAUAAUCUGUAAACACAAUAUUGAAGUACUGUGGUUAAUUUCUACUCUUUGACAAUCAUUAUGUUGCCUGAGAGUCCAGAUAAAAGAUGAUUAAUUAAUUAAUUCACUCAUUCAUUCCUGAUACUCUCAUGAGUGAAGUAUGUGUUUAAUCAAACAUACAGUUUUUUAUCAAGCAAGCUUUGAUUACUGUGUGGUGAUUCCUUAAUUAGCUGUAACCACUGAAAUUUAAAUUGCAUAUUUUUAAUUGCAACUCUUGCAUUCAUACAGUUUAACUUUUUAUUUCUGUGCAUUCAAAUUUUUAUCUUUAUUCCAAAACAGUCGUUUGUUUCCAUGAAUAACAUUGCUAUUUUUUAAACUUCAAUUUCUGUGAUAGUUUUCCACUAAUUCUACAGUUGUGUAAUCUAAAGUGAUGAAUCAGGUUGAGAGAUGAUAACCAGAACAUCAGAACUUCUUAUUCAAAAUUCUCAUGCAACACAAUGUUGUCAGUUAGUUUUGCUUUUUGUGGUGCCAUAAUAAAUGAAACAUAAAUUAUUGUGUUACUGAACCAAACUCAGUAAAGCAGUAUUUUUCAUAUAAUUUUAUACAUUCUUUCCUGUUGCACAAGUAAAGCGUCACAUUUAUUAUUAUUUGUUUCAUCAGUUUGUGUUUUUGGAGCAAUAAGAAAUCUAUCUUCUAUUUCUGUUUGAUUCCCAAAAAUGUAUUUUAAGAAAAUAAUGAAUGAAAAAUUCAAAUUUUAAUGUGUUUUGAGAUUGAUUAGUAAAGGUGAAUAGCUGAUGGUCUUUAUAUCCAAAUUGUGAGUUUGUGUGUGUGUGUGUGUGUGAGAGAGAGAGAGAGAGAGAGAGAGAGAGAGAGAGAGAGAGAGAGAGGAUGAUAACAGUUUACUUUAAGGAGUUAGAUAAUGAUGGCAUCACAAAAAUUUUAAUUUGUUAUUGUUUGUGACAAUUCAAUCAAAAAUGAGUGAGAAACAUGUGGAAGAAAUACACAUUAUUGGAAAAUUCUACAUUUCCACAUCAUUGUAGUUAUACUGGAAGAAGGAAAGCGAAAAACAGAUGCCUUGUACAUAGUAUAUGUAAAGCUUUAAAAUAAAUUAUAAUUGAA